CCGAAAUUCAUUUCCUUGUAAGGGUGCACGUAAUUUUAAUCUCUUUCUCGCACCAGCGUAAAAGAUAUAUCUCUUAUAGAAAUAUUUUAUCAUGGCCACCAUCAAACGGUCAAUUCUAAUUCUUCUAAGCAUCGCUGUGGGCAUUCACGCACAAGACAAUACUGAUGAUGAGAAUGGGGAUCUUGGGGACUAUUCAGAGCCAGGUGCACCCACAGAGAAUUGUCUCUGUCUACCCUUUUUUAAAUGUUCCGACAGAGAUGCUGAGGAGGAGGUUCCUGAAGAUGUGGAUGAGGAAGAAAAAUACAUGAUUCCCAGGAAGCCAAUACGAGGACGAUCUGGAUGCGGUCCUUACAACGUUUGCUGCAAAAAUCCCAGAAAUGAAACUGCCCAACCACCUUACCAGCACAGAUGUGGCCAGAGGAAUUCUGCCACCAUGAGUGGUAGAAUAGUAAAUACUCAAACUUCUGGACAAACGGAAAUCGCGGAAUGGCCUUGGCAAGCAGCACUGCUAAGGAAACACAAUGGCGAUUUCUUAUUUAAAUGUGGAGGAACUCUCAUUGACGAGCAGCACGUUCUAACCGUUGCUCACUGCGUAGCUGAAUUUACCGACUUCUGUUUCAGAGAUAACAUUCAGAAUUUGAAUGUGAGGCUUGGUGAAUGGGAUACUCAGACAAGCAGUGCAGACUUCCCACACGAAGAUUAUGCAGUGUCACAAAUAAUCAUCCAUCCUGAGUACAAACCUCGCAAGUUUUACAAUGACAUUGCUAUCUUGAAGCUGGAAAAACCUGUUGAGUUUAAACCUCACAUUGACACAGCAUGUUUGCCAAAAUCAACUGAUAUUUUCGAGGGACAGAAAUGUAUUGUCACUGGUUGGGGUAAAGACGCUUUUGUCGAUGGUGCGUAUUCACCAGUCAUGAAGAAAGUAGUACUACCAGUAGUUGGGCAUGAUGACUGCGAGGAUCAACUAAGAACUACCAAACUUGGACGAAAGUUUGAGUUGCACCACGGUUUCAUUUGCGCUGGUGGCAAGGAAGAUGAAGACUCUUGCACUGGUGAUGGCGGAGGUCCGUUGGUCUGCUUCGAUCCUGAUACGUACUCGUACAUCCUGACGGGUCUUGUGUCCUGGGGAGUCGAAUGUGGUAAACCUGGUGUUCCUGGAGUGUACGUUGAUGUACAAAGGUACCUUGAUUGGAUAUCAUCUAUUACUGCAAAACCUCUGCCGGAAUAUUGGGCACGAAUAAUGCAUACAUUAAGCUGGGUUAUUCUUGUAUUUAUAUCCUUUACUGAAAUCACUGGUGCUGAAACUAGCAUAACGGAAGCUAUUGAGGACUACGAUUACGAUGAUUAUUUGGAACCAACUACCGUUAGUCCUUCCGAAGAUUGCAUUUGCGUUCCUUUUUAUCGAUGUGAUGAUGGUAAAAUAGUCGAUGACGGUAAUAAAACCCUCAAACCAAGGCGUUUAUUGCCAAGAGACAUCUCAACUGCAAGAAAGAGCACUAACUCCCCGGAAUGCGAGCUAAACCAUGUUUGUUGUCGUCGACAAGAUUCCGAAGAUCCUGCAGAAGAACUAAGCUAUCACAAGUGUGGUAACAGGAGUCCAAUAUUCUUCAUGGGUAGAGUAGUGAACUCGAAAACUUCUGCACAAACAGAAUUUGGUGAAUGGCCUUGGCAAGCGGCAAUACUUAAACGAAGCGGUGCUGCAUUUUUCUUCGUCUGUGGUGGUACACUCAUUGAUGAUCAACAUGUCUUGACAACUGCACAUUGCGUCACUGGUUUUCGGAAUAACGAUGAAAACUUAGUUGUAAGGUUAGGGGAAUGGGACACUCGAGCAGCCACUGAAACAUAUCCUCAUGAAAACUUCAAUGUGUCACAAGUACUUAUUCAUCCAGAUUACCGAUUCAGAAAUUAUCAGAACGACAUUGCCAUCUUAAAGCUCCAAACCGAAGUCGAUUUUAAGCCUCAUAUUAACAUGGCCUGCCUACCUAGAGAGGAUGAUAACUUCACUAAUCAGACUUGCGUUGUCACAGGAUGGGGACAGGACGCAUUUAAAAAUGGCUCAUUCACACAAGUCAUGAAAAAAGUGUCACUUCCAGUCAUUGGGCAUAGAGAGUGUCAGGAAAAACUAAGGAAUACAAUCCUAGGUCCUCGCUUCAAACUUCACAGUGGCUUCUUUUGCGCAGGUGGCAAAGAAGGUGAAGAUUCAUGUACAGGUGACGGUGGAGGACCUUUGGUUUGUCUUCAGGAGGACAAUACCUACGUUCUAGCUGGCAUUGUUUCCUGGGGUCUUGAAUGUGGUACUAAAGAUGUUCCAGGGGUGUAUGUCAACGUUCAAAAAUACGUAAAUUGGAUAUCUUCAAGUACUGGAAACCCAGUGGAAGAGUAUUGGAAAGUUUUCAUCAUGCAGACAUUAAGUUGGGUUGUUUUAAUAGUUAUAUCUUUAGUUGCUCAAAAAGUCGCUAGUGACCAUGAUGAUCCUGAAGAUUUUAAUGUUUCUGAAGAUUUUAAUCCUGAAGAUUAUGAUCCGAGUAAUCUAAGUGACAUCGAUUAUUCGGAAGAAAGUUCCGCCGAUUCUUCAGAAUGCAUUUGCACUCCUUUUUAUAAAUGUGAUAAAGGCAUAAUAAUCGAAGAUGGUUCUAAAGACAUUAAACCUAGACGUGGUUCGUCUCCAAAACCCAAUCUAGGUGUUGAUUCCAGGCAGAAGAGGCAGACUUCCUCUGAAUGUCCGCUAAACCACGUUUGUUGUCGCAAAUUUAAAUCUAAAAAAAAACCUACGGAGAGUCCGCACCUUCAUCAAAAUCAUCAUAAGUGUGGCAAAAGAAAUCCUAUGUCUACGAGUGGUAGAAUAGUAAGUACUCAAGGAGUUUCAACAACAGAAUUUGGUGAAUGGCCUUGGCAAGCGGCAAUAAUUAAACGUACUCCCCAAUAUACUUUUGCCUGCGGUGGAACGCUCAUUGAUGACAACCAUAUUUUAACAGCUGCUCACUGCGUUGCAGAUUUUAUGAAUAACUUUGAUGAUCUGGAAGUGAGGUUGGGGGAACAUGACACUGCAAGUGAAAAAGAAGCAUAUCCUCAUGAAAACUUUAAAGUGAUUGAUGUGAAUAUUCAUCCAGACUACCGAUCCAGUAACUACCAUAACGACAUUGCCAUUUUGAAGCUCGAGAAAAAAGUUGUUUUUAAACCUCACAUUGAUGUAGUUUGUUUACCGAGAGACGAAGACGAUUUCGUAGGAGAAAAAUGUUAUGUUACCGGAUGGGGAGAGGAUGCAUUUGCAAGCGGUGUUUACUCCCAAGUCAUGAAAAAGGUCUCCCUUCCAGUCUUAGAACACAGCGAAUGUCAGAAUAAAUUUAGAAAAACUGUUCUUGGUCACUUUUUCAAACUUCAUGGCAGCUUCUUGUGCGCUGGUGGUAAGCAAGGUGAAGAUGCGUGCACUGGAGACGGCGGAGGACCUUUGGUUUGUUAUCAGCCCGACAACACCUACGUUCUAGCUGGAAUCGUUUCCUGGGGUCUUGAAUGUGGUGCUAAGGAUGUUCCUGGGGUGUAUGUCAACGUUCAAAAGUUCUCUGAUUGGAUAUCUUCAUACACAGAAAAGCCAGUGGAGCAUUAUUGGAGGAAAGAUUAAUGGGGCAUAUAAUAUAAAAUAUCUUAAUAAUUUAAUCCUAUAUCAGUUGUGACUUAAACAAGAUUAAUAAAAAAAGUUGAUGAAAAAGUAGUUAUU